AUGGCCAAUGCUGUGGCCACGACGAAGACCACUGGUGCGGCUCCAUGUCUGGUCAAGGAGUUCUUCGAGACUACAUCUUCCAGUUCUAUAAAACCAACACAGGCGUUGGCUUGUGGGACCGCUGCCAACCCGAAGAAGAUUUUUGACCUCUGUGUUCUAUGGCGGGCACCUGCGCCACGGAUGGUGGGCAGGAACUUGCGAGGUGUAGCAUGCGCUUUGAACGUAGGCAUGCUGGAGGGAGCGAGGCCCGACCAUGCUAUAUACUUUGAUCCCAAGAGCAAGAAGCACAGGCAGAUUGCCAUCCCGGAAGGGAGAGUGCAUUCUGUGGCGAGCUUGAUCCAGAACCAAGAAUGGGAAAUACUGGAGCAUGAACAGGGGUUCCAUUGGGAGACUCCGCCACGAACAGGGCCUGCUGCACUGCGAGAGCCGGGAGAGACCCAAUAUGAGUAUGUUCCACUGCCAGAGCUAGAUUAG